AUGCUUGAAGUUUCAUCAACUGAGAUUAUGUUCGAAUUAAAAAAUGACCUUUAUAUUCCUUACAACAUAAGUUUAAAGAAUGUCACAUCCCUAUACUUGGCUUAUAAAAUUAAAUCCACUAAACCAGAACUAUUUUCUGUCAAACAAAGUCGAGGAAUAAUUUCGCCUCUCCAAUCUGAAAAUGUUGAAUUCAGCACAACUGAUAGAGCAAAAAAUUUAGACCCAAAGCAUAUCGUCAAUUAAAAAUUUUUAAUUUAUGCUAUUGGUGUUCCAGAGAAAAAAUCAAUGGCUGAAAUUGAGAAUCUCUUUCAAUCUUAAACGUGUUUUAAUAUUAAAUUAUAUACAGGGGUAUUAAAAGAAGAAUUUGGCAAAAAAAUACCAAUCUAUGGUAAUAACUUAGCGUCUAGUCAUACAUCAGUUCUUACAAACAGUAGAACAGAGCUAUAGCCUUCUUAUUAGUCAAUGAUUUAACCUAUUCCAUUAAAUAAUUAAGUGCAAUGUGUUUAAAAACUCAAGCAAAUUGAAUCUGAUCUAGCAGAAGAAAAAAGAAAGAGAGAACAAAUAUAUAAUACAAUUGAAAUCUCAAAAUUAAAGAAAGGAUCCUCGUUAUUCAAAUACAUUUUACCAAUAAUCUUAGGGAUUUUGUUAUCGAAUAUUUACUAAUUGAGCCUUUAAUAGUAUGAAUGAGAUUUGAAUAUUAAUUUUGAUAAAUAUACAAUAAAUAUUAUAUAUCUUAAAAAA